CGACCUUUUCCGGUUUAUUAGUUGAACAUGGCAGUCGGCAAAAAUAAAGGUCUUUCCAAGGGUGGUAAGAAGGGCGGUAAGAAGAAGGUGGUGGACCCGUUUUCUCGCAAGGACUGGUACGAUGUCAAAGCUCCGAAUAUGUUUCAAACCCGUCAAAUCGGUAAAACACUUGUAAACCGCACCCAGGGUCAAAGAAUAGCAUCGGAUUAUUUGAAGGGUCGCGUUUUCGAAGUGUCUUUAGCAGACUUGCAAAAGGAUAUUGAUCCAGAACGUUCUUUUCGCAAGUUCCGUCUUAUUGCAGAAGAUGUUCAAGACCGUAAUGUGCUCUGUAACUUUCACGGAAUGGACUUGACUACGGACAAGUACAGGUCGAUGGUUAAAAAGUGGCAAACACUAAUUGAAGCUAUUGUCGAAGCAAAGACUGUAGAUGGGUACCUCUUGCGAGUGUUUUGUAUCGGAUUUACUGCCAAGGAUCAGCAGUCUCAGCGCAAAACAUGUUAUGCUCAGCAAUCGCAAGUCCGAAAGAUUCGUGCUCGCAUGACCGACAUUAUUACUAAUGAAGUUAGUGGUGCCGAUCUAAAGCAGCUUGUUAACAAGCUGGCCUUGGACUCGAUUGCGAAAGAUAUCGAAAAAAGCUGUCAGCGCAUAUAUCCAUUACAUGAUGUUUACAUUCGUAAAGUAAAGGUAUUGAAGAAACCGCGCUUCGAUGUCUCAAAGCUUCUGGAAUUGCAUGGCGAUGGCGGUGGCAAAUCCGUGGAAGCCGUUGUUUCAUCCGAGGGAGCCGUAAUCGACCGCCCUGAAGGUUAUGAGCCCCCAGUACAGGAAGCUGUUUAAAUUAAAUAUGAAAUGCAUAUUUUUUUAUGUAUUGCAUUCAAACAUAAAAUACAUUUCUCUACAAAUUGCAUAAACUAUUUUCUUGGCUUGUUAUAUUAGUUUGUGGGCCUUUGGGAAGUCUUUCGUCUUUUAGGCAUAUGUUUGUUCCAGCCGUCCAUCCUGAAUGUGGCUACGUUUCGUAACGAUCGAGGUGUAUACAAAGAAGCCGAAAUUCACAGGUAUGUCGAUUGAAUAAAAAUCAAUAUAUACCCCAACUAUGUAAGCAUGUCAAACACUUUGGUGGAUUCCAUUUCCAAUACUACUGGAGAUGGCGUGAAGACGACUACGAUAUAUACAAGGAAAUUUUAAAAUAAGCUUGGUUGUCCGAUUAAUCCAAAUGAAAUGAAAAAUCAAAAAAAAUUUAAAAAUAUAUGGUUUACUUACAUAUGUAACUUUAUUUUGAAUAUGACAUUCACAUAGGCAUGAUACACGAUUUUAUUUGACUAUAAAAUUAACUAGCUAAGUAACGGGUAAAU